GGAGGAGGUGUGGCCCUCUCCAACUUGGGAUCUUGUCUGGUUGCUGAGAUGCUGAGAGCAGCUCAGCGAUGGUAAGGUCGUCGGAUGGGCUUGAGCCCGAAGCCAACUCGGGGAGGAAUGAGUGACUUGGUACCAGGCGCACACAAGGCGUUUCCCUUCCUGCCUCAUGUUGUUGCCACCUGCUGUGAACCGGGCUGUCGGUGGGGUCUGCAGAUGCCCGGUACUUGCUGGUUAAAGGUUUUCUCUUAUUCUGUCGCCUAAGAGUAUACCAAGUGUCACAUCUUUACACCAGUGUAGAAUACUUCAUACCACAUUAUCAAGGAAAGGACUGGAAGAAUUUUUUGAUGACCCAAAGAACUGGGGAGAAGAAAAAGUGAAAUCUGGAGCUGCAUGGACCUGUCAGCAGUUAAGGAACAAAAGUAAUGAAGAUUUACAUAAACUUUGGUAUGUCCUACUGAAAGAAAGAAACAUGCUCCUAACUCUAGAGCAGGAGGCCAAGCGGCAGAUACUACCAAUGCCAAGCCCGGAGCGGCUAGAAAAAGUAAUAGAAUCCAUGGAUGCACUCGAUAAAGUUGUCCAGGAACGAGAAGAUGCCCUAAGGCUCCUUCAGACGGGUCAAGAAAAACCUAGACCUGGUGCCUGGAGAAAAGACAUCUUUGGAAGAAUCAUCUGGCACAAGUUCAAACAGUGGCCUAUACCUUGGUACCUAAAUAAAAGGUACAACAGGAAACGAUUCUUUGCAAUGCCCUAUGUGGAACAUUUUGACAGACUGAAACGAGAGAAACACGCCCGGAUCCAAAUAAGGAAGAGAAAUUUAGAGAAAAAGAAAGCAAAACUUCUUCAGGAAAAGUUUCCACAUCUUUCUGAAGCCCAGAAGUCAAGUCUUGUCCAAGAUGUCUGAACUCUUAAUUUACCAAUUUGUUUUUCUUACAUAAACAAUAUGUAUACGAAAGUAACUAUAUGUCAAGUGGUUUAUAAAGAAACCAUAUUUUAGUCAAAUGACUAGCAACUGUU